UAAACAUGUCGGCCAAGCAGCAGCCUGUCAUUGUUUCUGCUAAAAAUGUGCCAAAGAAACGAUUUGUGGGAACUAAAGGCAAGGCGAGGAAAAAUGGAUCGUCUUCUGAAAAAAAGACUGUCAGAGUAGCCAACCAGAUACCAGAUGAAAUAGUAAAUAAUGUUGACCUUCAAGAUGCUAUUAAACAGCUGCCUUCAAACUAUAACUUUGAGAUUUGUAAGACUAUUUGGAAGGUGAAGACUGUUGGUGCAAAGCGUGUUGCAUUACAGUUCCCAGAAGGCUUGUUGAUGUUUUCCUGUGUCAUUGCUGAUAUUAUAGAAAGAUUCACUGAUGCUGAUACUAUAAUAAUGGGUGAUGUCACUUAUGGUGCUUGUUGUGUGGAUGAUUUCACUGCUAAGGCACUUGGAGCUGAUUUGAUGGUACAUUAUGGACAUAGCUGUCUAGUACCUAUCGAUAGAACAGAAGGAAUUACAAUGUUGUAUGUCUUUGUGGAUAUCAAGAUUGACACAAUGCACUUUAUAGAAACAAUAAAACAUAAUUUUACACCUGGGUCAUCACUGGCUCUCGUCAGUACAAUACAGUUUGUGACAGCUCUCCAGGCAUCACAUCAAGAGCUGAGUGGUAGUUAUAAAAUUCUGGUACCACAAAGUAAACCUUUGUCACCUGGAGAAAUCCUGGGUUGUACAUCUCCAAAACUCCAGGAUGUUGAUGCUGUAAUUUACCUUGGAGAUGGACGUUUCCAUCUGGAAUCUAUAAUGAUAGCCAAUUCAGAGGUGGCAGCAUACAGGUAUGAUCCAUAUAAUAAAACAUUUUCAAGAGAAUAUUAUGAAACAGAAAAAAUGCACUCAGUUAGGCAGUGUGCAAUAGCAGAAGCUAGUAGAGCUAAGAAGUUUGGUUUCAUUCUUGGAACUCUAGGUCGCCAAGGAUCUCCUAAAAUAUUGGAGCAUUUACAAAUGAAGUUGAAAGAAGCAGGACUGGAGUAUAUUGUGGUGCUACUAUCAGAAAUUUUCCCAGAAAAACUUAAACUGUUUCAGGACAUUGAUGCGUGGAUUCAGAUAGCAUGUCCUCGUUUAUCAAUUGAUUGGGGCAAUGCAUUUAGUAAACCACUUUUAACAGCAUAUGAGGCAUCUGUUGCAUUAGGGAAUGUGGAGUGGCAGAGCAGGUACCCAAUGGACUUUUAUGCAAAUGACUCUCUUGGGCCCUGGACUGUGAAUAAUGAAUCAAAUCGCCCAUCCAGGAACAGAAAAGCAAAAAUUAUAACUCUUAAAGAAAGUAGUGCAGAUUCCUCAGAUAUUUUAUUAUCAGGAAAGUCCAAAGAAAGAGACUCUUCACCAUGUAAGGAAGGAUGCUCAUGUGAAAAAAAGAAAGAUAAAGAAAAAAUCACUUCAAAAUGCAACGAUACAUACUGACUUCUGCAUUAGUUUUGGUAUUUUCAAUGUCAAGAUUAGAACACCGAGCUGCAGAUGAUAAAAUUUUUGUCAUGAUUAAAAGAUCUUACUGAAAAUAGAACUGACAUAAAAAAUAAAACAUUGUUCA